CACGUAGCCGUCGACACUUUCCUCUUCAUCCAAAACGAUUAGAUGCCAACGAUUCGUAUACUCAAAUCCUCUUAACUCUCACAUUUAUCUCUCUUUAUGUGCUUUUACCUAUAUAAUGGUGCCCUUUACGGUUCUUGAUUCCAUUCACAAAGCACUAAAACUCUGCAGAAAUAUUCAUCUAUGGCUAAUAUGACAGUUUUCUUAUCCGAUCUCCAGGCCGGACGUUCCUCCUCCGCCGUCCAAGUCCGUCUGCUCCGCUUCUGGGAAGCCAGGAACUUCCGCCGUGGUGGUGAGCUUAUGGGUGUGGACAUGCUCCUCUUGGAUUCCCAGGCUGUCAACAUUCAUAAUCAGCUGGAUAGAAUGGUAGUUGAUCCUAGGGUUAUCGUUGCAACCAGUGUGAAUCCAAAAAUGGUUGGAGGUCGGCUCUUUUUAAACGCCACGUCUGGUACACAUAUCUAUUUCGACAAGGAAACGAGUGCAGGGGAACAAUUGUUCUACAGGCUGGUGGAACAUGAAACUGGCCUCCAACCAGUAGCUUCGCUGCUUAAGAGUUAUUCUAAGGUGGAAAAGAUCAGUAUAUCGGAGUUGAAUGAUUUUGUCUUGACCGCUGCAUCUCAGGAUGCUGAUUUUAUUUGUGCCGGUGAAGUAACUGGAAUCAAGUUCGACAAGGGAUGGUGCUAUGUCUCAUGUUCAAAGUGUUUCAAGAAACUCCAGCACUCUGUUUCGUCAUUGACGUGUUUGCCUUGCAACAACACCAAUGCAGUUGGUGUCCUCCGGUAUCGUGUGGAGAUGUCAAUUGCAGACAAGACCGGUGAAGGGUUAUUUGUUGGAUUCGAUGGGGUGAUGGCGAAGCUCUUCAACAUGAGGGCCCAAGAUGCUGCUAAUGUAUUGGCCGGUGGGGGUGAGAACCCAGGAGAGUCCGACUUCCCUCAAUUUGUCAAAAAUAUGGUGGGAAAGUCGUUCACAUUCCAAGUGAAAGUAGGUCCAUACAAUUUCACGUCAAACCAUCAGAACUUCACCAUUACCAGGAUUCUCCGCGAAGGUGAGUGUGAGCCACGACCUGAUUUUUCUGAUAAUGUAAGUGAAAACUAUGUUUUAUGCCAGUAUUACAAUGUACAUGAUUUAACCUGAGAAUGUUUGUUAGGGUGAUGAUGGUGACAAAGACGAUGCAAGUCACGGUAAUGACCCCGUGAGAAGUAAGAUGGAAGCUGGUGGAGGUAGCAAGUGUGGAGUAUCCGUUACGGUGAAGAGGCCGGUGAAAGAAGGCACGGAACGCGUAGUGCGCAUGUUGAAGGCAUUUUCUCUCAAUAAUAACAAUCAAGUUGUUUCUGCUUUUUUUAAUAUUAUGCAUUUUGGUAUUCGAACUUUCUCAACAUUGAAGUUUUAUUAUCUGAUGGACAAGUAUGUGUUUCCGAAUUUCGACUUUUUAAUGAAAUUGCUACUUUAUAUGCCA